AUGGAGCCCCAGCAGCCCCAGGCCCCCAGCGCUGUCUCGCAGCCCGCCAGCCCAGCCCAGCCAGUGCCGCUGCAAGACAAUCACGAGGGCGACAAGGUCCUCCAACAAACGCCGAGCCCAUCGGCCCCCAGCAUAGGGCCGGGAAAGAAGGCCGAGCAGGCCGAGGACAGCCUUGGGGACCAGGGCGGCGGCCCGCAGCAGCAGCAGCAGCAGCAGCAGCAGCAGCAGCAGCAUAUGCCGUAG